GUUCUGCAGAUCGAGUGGAGCAUCGCAGCGAAUGGCGGCAUCAGACUCAGAGAUAAGGGCGGCGGAGGAGGAGCUCCGGCGAGGAUUCCAGACGCUGGAGGUUGUACAGAAGGAGCCGAAGAUUCCAGUCUACCACAUCUAUCUCAACCGUGCUCCCCAAAGGAACGCCCUCACAGUAUCCUUCUUCUCCGAACUCCCCCAAGCCCUCUCUCUCCUCGCCAUCCUCCCCUCCGCUCGCGUUGUCGUUCUCGCUGCCCGUGGAUCCCAUUUCUGCUCCGGAAUCGAUCUCGAAUCACUCCGAUCUUUGUCUUCCUCCACCUCAGCCGAUCCCGCCACCGCCGCCGAUGUGCUCCGCCGCCGUAUCCUUUCUCUCCAAGCAGCUAUCUCUGCCAUCGAGCGCUUCCGCAAGCCCGUCGUAGCUGCCAUCCAAGGAGCUUGCAUCGGAGGCGGCGUAGAUCUCGCUGCCGCCUGCGACAUACGAUGCUGUUCUGACGACGCUUUUUUUAUUGUCAAGGAGGUCGACCUCGCCCUUGCAGCUGAUCUGGGGUCUCUGCAGCGCCUGCCGCACAUAGUUGGUUAUGGCAACGCCGUUGACCUUGCGCUCACCUGCCGGAGGGUUUCAGCUUCGGAGGCCAAGGCGAUGGGCCUCGUCACUAGGGUUUUUCCCUCCAUAUCGGCGCUUGAUCAGGGUGUCGACCAGCUUGCCGAAGGACUGGCGGCGAAGUCGGCGGUGGCAGUGAUGGGGACGAAGGCGGUGCUUCUGAAGAGCCGAGAUCAAAAGGUGGAGGAGGGACUCGAGUACAUCGCAACCUGGAACUCAGCCAUGCUCAUGUCUCCUGACCUGGAGGAGGCUGUUGCUGCUCAGCUACAGAAGCGCAAGCCUAACUUCUCCAAACUGUGAUUUUUAGUCUUCUUUCAUUUGUAAUUUGGAAGAUUUACAUGCACACCACACAAUCCUUCUGUGUUUACUUAUGUAGCACCUCAACUUUCAUAUGUAAUCAUACCACCAUGGUAUUAAAACAAACUUUAAGACAAAUAUAAAAGUGUUAUGUAU